AUGGAGAGUCUCUCUGCUUCAGUGUUCAGCGGAAAUGAUGCGAAGAAGAAGACGCUGUUCCUGCGCGCUAUGCAGCUACGUUCAGCUGAUGGUUUGACAUGUUUUUUUUGUUCAAAAUGUUUGAUUAAUUGGUAGUUAAAAAUCGACAUUUACCGCGAACUAUCGUUAAAAUAGGAAACAAAUACGUUUUAAAUAUCUUAAGGCCAUUCGUUAGAGAAAUAAAUCAGUAUUUAGCAUAUAGGCUAACGUAAACAACGUCUUACGCAACUGGACUUUAAAUCACCGUAAAAGAACAGUUUCUCCUAUUAAAAUAGAAAUAUGACUGAGUCCAAAGAGAAAGCUUUGAGUCUGAAGUCUGAUGUCACUACAGUCGCUGUAAUCAAUCAGGUGAAAGCGACUAAGAAACCGAAGAAGAUUCUCGAUGAAGAUGAAUAUAUCGAGAGUUUGGAGAAGAUCAUCCAGAGGGACUUUUUCCCAGAUGUCUCCAAACUUCAAGCGCAGAAGGAUUAUCUGGAGGCGGAGGAGAGCGGAGAUCUGGAGCGGAUGAGGGAGAUUGCCAUCAAAUAUGGGUCUGCGAUGGCUAAAUACACCCCACGCACCUAUGUGCCCUACACAACUCCUUCAACAUUUGAGACCCCAGAUGGUGGAAGUGCAACUCCAUCAAAUUCACAGAAACACAGAGCAGGGAAAGAGGAUGGAAAAGAAGGUGAAAAAUCGGAAGAUAAGGAUCUUCCAUGUCUGGACCGCUUUCUUGCUAAAAACACGAGUGAGGACAACGCAUCGUUUGAGCAGAUAAUGGAGCUCGCGGAGGACAAGGACAAGCUGAGGCAUGCGUGGCUUUAUGAGGCAGAAAACGAAUAUAAUGAGAGGCAUGAGCAGAACCUCGCUCUACCAUCCACAGAGAAACAGGCGCUUGAGUGCACCAAGGCAGGAUUGGAAACAUGGCAGUACAAGGCCAAAAAUGCACUUAUGUACUACCCUGAAGGUGAAAAAGACGACACGCUGUUCAAGAAGCCACGGGAGGUCCUGUACAAGAACACACGGUUUGAUGUUGACCCCUUCAGUAAAGCCCUGAACAAAUCACAAAUCCAGCAAGCUGCUGCGCUCAAUGCACAGUUUAAACUAGGCAAAGUUGGUCCAGAUGGCAAAGAGCUCCUGCCUCACGAAUCCCCCAAAGUAAAUGGUUAUGGAUUUGAGGGAGAAGCCUCUCCUGCUCCUGGUGUUGCAGAGUCUCCUCUGAUGACGUGGGGUGAGAUCGAAAGCACUCCGUUUCGUCUGGACGGCUCAGAUACACCACUCGUGGAGAGGAGUCAUGGUCCAUCGUUCAAGAUUCCAGAGCCUGGGAGAAGAGAGCGGUUGGGGCUGAAAAUGGCUAAUGAGGCUGCGGCAAAAAACAGAGCUAAGAAACAAGAGGCGCUGCGCAAAGUCACUGAAAACCUUGCCAGCCUGACUCCGAAGGGACUGAGUCCCGCAGCGCUGUCUCCUGCUCUUCAGCGUCUAGUAAACAGAUCGUCCAGCAAAUACACAGAUAAAGCCCUGAGGGCGAGCUACACCCCGUCACCUGCGCACAGUAGCAUGGGCUCGAAGACUCCUCUCGGAGGCCUAGCCACUCCCUCCAGCACACCAACACCUGGGAAAACCAGAACACCAGUCACACAGGACCCGGCCUCCAUCACAGACGACCUGCUUCAGCUGCCCAAGAGGAGGAAAGCUGCGGAUUACUUCUGAAACAAAAGACUGAAUAAAAACUCUAACGUGGACAGGGUCACAUA